UUCUCCUCCAUGCAUCCCAGGACAUUUGUUUACUCACUGCUCACUAGAGGGAGGCCUUUUCCAGUUGUAUUCCUUUUCAGAGGCUUUGUCUUCUGCAUGGGAAAUGGACUCCUUCAAGGCUACUAUCUGGUUUACUGCGCCGAAUACCCUGCUGAGUGGUACACAGACAUACGGUUUAGCCUAGGUGUGUUCUUAUUUAUUUUGGGCAUGGGAAUCAACAUUCACAGCGACUAUAUAUUGCGCCAGCUCAGGAAGCCUGGAGAAGUCAUCUAUAAGAUUCCACAAGGUGGCUUGUUCACGUACGUUUCUGGAGCCAAUUUCCUUGGUGAGAUCAUUGAAUGGAUCGGCUAUGCCUUGGCCACUUGGUCCCUUCCAGCACUUGCAUUUGCAUUUUUCUCACUUUGUUUCCUUGGGCUGCGAGCUCUUCACCAUCAUAGGUUCUACGUCAAGAUGUUUGAGGACUACCCCAAGUCUCGAAAAGCCCUUAUUCCAUUUAUCUUUUAA